AAAAUACUUAAAAUACUUAAAAUACUUAAUGUUACCUGCGCCACUGCGCAGGGUGCGCACCUCAUCCACCAACCUCUUGGGAAUCAACACAGGCCAACUGACACGACGGCCCGCGGCUGUCAACAGCGUGAAGUAGCAAGUCACUACUUAGAUUCAGUUUCAAAGUGAGUUCGUACGCAGACAAUAGGUUGAGAAGUUUAAAGUGCCACAAAGGUACGAAGUUUAUAAUUAUUAGUUUGAAAUCUAUAGAGUAGUUGAAAUACCCGGCCGCGAUCAAUCCUCCACGUACGGUUCAUCACUCGUGUGAUUCUUAACCUCAAAAGGCAUCAGGCUAUCAGCUUAGUUCGCAUACUGACCGACAAACCGGCACUUGAGAGAGCAGAUCUGUUCACGUAAAGAGACUAAACGUAUUUUAUAACCUGCCCACCCUGCAAAUACACGAUUUCACGCAAGUCCAGUGUCUUAUUGCCCCGGCGGUUAUAAAAUUGGAAACCCUCAAGCUCGUUGCCCCAACCUGGACAACAUCUUAUAAAAUACGUUUACGGAUAAUUGCGUCAGUCAGCCCGUUAUGUCGAGUCAUCCGUCAACUAAAGGCGGUGAUGCCGGCGAAUGCUGUAUAGUUUGCCGGGAGGAAGCUUGCAAUGAGACGGUGAAGUGCGACAGGUGCCGCAGACGGUUCCACUUCAAAUGCGUCGGAGUCUCGCAAGAACUUGACGGCUGGAGAUGUGCGAUAUGCUGGAACGAAGAGCCCGUUUUCAAGACGAAUUCGGAUGGCGCUGGGACAUCCGGCCUCAAACCGAUUCCCAAGUUUGAAGAGCUGCUGACGCCAGUAGGGCCCGGGAAGAAAAAGCCGUCAGCAGAUCCAGCCAAAAAGGUGACUAAGCCGAAAAAGGAACUCAAGCCCAGACCUAAACCGACGCCUAAGCCAAAUCCCAAACCGGACCCUAAGCCGAACCCCGAACCAGAUCCUAAGCCCGCCCCGGAACCCAUCCCUACGCCGGUUCCGGACAUUCCAAAACUUCCCCCGAAGAAAGCAAAGUCACUGGUGUCGCACAUUUCGAGCGCAUCCGGCUCAACCUCUAAAGCCGUCCUGAAGUUGAAGCUACAGAAACUGGAGGAACAACGUUUGCUGAUCGAGACACAAAUGGAGAAGGAACGGACUCUGCUGGAGAAUGAAAGGACGCUGCUAGAAAGGAAGUACGAGGUAUUAGAGGAAAAGUACCAGUUACUUGAGGAGCAGGUAGCGGGCUCUGAUGGCGUAGAAAGCAGGAACGGGUCGGUCACGGAGUCGAGGUUUGCACCACCCGAUGCCUCAAGUCGGCACUCGGACUCAAGUGAUGAACCAAAACAAUCGUCCUACGCAAACAGCUCGUCACCGGGAGAAAAAACUGGAAAGCACCACGGGAAAACGCCUCAACCGGAUCGCACUGACUUUCCUAAACGAGAUCCGUGCCCGCUGACCACCAAGCAGCUGGCAGCUCGCCAGGCCAUUUCUAAGGAUCUUCCCUGCUUUAACGGCAACCCUGCGGACUGGCCGCUCUUUAUAUCCACAUUCAACAGCACGACGGCUAUGUGUGGAUUCACAGACGAAGAGAACAUUUUUCGGCUAGUGAAAUGUCUGAAAGGGCGAGCGCUCGAAAGGGUUCAAAACCGUCUAACGCACCCAGCCAACCUUCCCGGGAUUCUUAGGACGCUGAAACUGAUGUAUGGGCAACCAGAGGCAAUUGUACACUCGCUGAUCGGGAAGAUCCACGCGCUACCGGUUGUAAGCGCAGAUGAUUUCGAAGCCCUUGUGGAUUUCGCGGUGACCGUCGAAAACUUCUGUGCCACAGUGGAUUCUUGUGGCCUCGAAGAACAUCUGUAUAACGUCACGCUUUUGCAUCAACUGGUAAACAAACUGCCACCGACUAUCAAACUAAACUGGGCCCAGUACAAGCUCUCACUCCCAGGAGCCAACCUGGCCUCCUUCAGCAAUUGGAUCUACUCCCUAGCAGAAGCGGCAAGCACCAUCAUUAUCCCUAACAACCCAGCUUCUCAGCCAGUGCGAAACGAAUCAAGGAGCACAACAAAGAAGGAAAAUGCCUUUCUGAAUGCGCACUCCAAUGAUACGUCGCCAGAGCCGUCGAACGUAAACAAAUCGAGCAAGCCCUCCGAAGGUUGUCUGGUGUGCAAAGGUAGCUGCAAAACAAUCGACAAGUGCAAGCGAUUCCUAGAGCUCUCUCGCGAUUCUAGAUGGGCGGCGGUGCGCGAGUUCUCACUCUGCAGAAGCUGUCUUCGUCGACACGCUGGAGAUUGCCAGCAAAAAUGCGGGAAAGACGGAUGCCAGUUUAGGCACCACAAGCUUCUGCACAACGAUCAGAAGCCGUUCUCACCUGGGACAACAUCAUCCGAGUCUCCAAGCCAACUGCCCUCAACGAACAACAGCGAAAAGCCCAAGGAAGAGUCGAGUUCGACGUUGCACGGCUGUCACACACACCAAACUAAGUCUAGUGGAACUCUAUUCCGCUAUCUCCCGGUAAUGCUGUCCGGGAAACGUCGAUCUGUUCGAGCGUACGCUUUCCUCGAUGAUGGCUCAGCACUGACCCUGCUUGACCGAGAGCUAGCCGACGAAUUGGGGCUGGAAGGUGAAGUCAACCCAUUGUGCCUGCACUGGACAGGAGGCACACAGCGUCAAGAAACAAACUCACGGAUUGUAAGCCUGGAAAUUUCUGGAACUCAUGGCGGGGCGAAAAGCUACCCCAUCAGCGGCGUUCGUACAGUUAACGAGCUUAUGCUCCCGUUCCAAACAAUGGACCUUGAUGAGCUCUCCCAACUCAACACCCAUCUGCUAGGUCUACCAAUUGCGUCCUAUCACGGUGUUCGACCACAAAUCUUGAUCGGCCUCAAGAAUCUGCACCUUAGCAUGAUACUCAAUUGCCGUGAGGGAAAACCAGAUCAACCAAUUGCAGUAAAGACACGGCUGGGAUGGACGGUAUGUGGUGGCGGAAACCCAGAAUUGGUUCCCAGUCCAGUACAUUCCGUUUUCCAUGUGGCGUCCGGCGACACGGACGAAGAUCUGCACAGAACCAUGAAGGACUACUUUGCACUGGAUAGCUUGGGUAUCAUGAAGCCUGGCGGCCCAUUGCUCUCCACUGAGGACCAACGCGCGCAAUCCCUACAAGAAUCGCUGACCAGAUUCACAGGAGAACGCUACGAAACUGGUUUACUUUGGCGCUCGGACAAGACGCGCUUACCAGACAGCCAGGAUAUGGCCCUGCGUCGUUUCAAGUGCCUUGAAAAGCGCAUGGAAAAAGUUGAAGCACUGGCCGAAACGCUGAAGCAGAAGAUGACCGACCACCUACGCAAAGGUUACAUCCGGAAACUCACUCAGCAAGAAUUGAACCAGUCUUACCAACGCUCUUGGUACCUUCCGGUGUUUCCGGUCACGAAUCCCAACAAGCCCGGUAAAGUGCGAAUGGUGUGGGACGCGGCGGCCAAAUCUCACGGAGUGUCCCUCAACUCAGCGCUUCUUAAGGGACCCGAUUUACUGUCUUCGCUCUAUACCGUGCUAAUCCUCUUCCGAGAGAACCCUAUCGCGCUGACCGGAGACAUCAGGGAGAUGUUUCAUCAGGUUGCAAUCCGCCAAGAAGACCAGCAGUGCCAGCGGUUCUACUGGAGGGAUGAAAAUGGGCAGUUAGCAGUGUAUGCGAUGUGUGUCAUGACUUUCGGCGCCUGUUGCUCUCCGAGCAGCGCCCAGUACGUGAUGAACCUUAACGCAGAUCGCUUUACGCGGGAAUACCCAACGGCGACGGAAGUCAUACGGAAUCAACACUACGUCGACGAUAUGCUGUUUAGCGUCAACACCGAAGCGGAAGCGAUUAAGAUCGCAAAGGACGUGAAGUUUGUGCACUCUAAAGGCGGGUUCGAAAUCCGUAAUUGGGUCAGCAACUCUCAGCGCGUCCUCCAGGCUUUGCUUGGGGAUACCACCGAAGAGAAGAACUUGGAUCUGUCGCCGGAGAUGACUACGGAAAAGGUGCUCGGAAUGUGGUGGUGUACUGAAGCCGACGUCUUCACAUUCAAGAUCGGCUGGGAUCGGUACGACCGUGACCUGCUGGAAGGUCGUCGCCGACCCACGAAACGGGAAGUACUCAGGGUUCUCAUGACGAUAUUCGAUCCCCUGGGGCUCAUCGCACCGUUCCUCGUUUAUCUGAAAAUCCUACUCCAAGAUAUCUGGCGCUCGGGUAUCCUAUGGGACGACAAGAUCAACGACAAGUCUUUCUCAAAGUGGAUAAUCUGGCUGCGCGUCCUCCCACAAGUUGAACGAAUACAAAUACCACGUUGUUUUCGAUUGGGGUUCCCUGACUACGACGAAGUUCAACUGCACACGUUCGUGGAUGCGAGCGAAAACGCAAUGGCUGCCACGUGCUAUUUGCGCUUCGUGAAGGACGGAUCAAUUAGGUGCUCUCAAGUAGCCGGUAAGACCAGAGUCGCUCCACUGAGAUACCACUCGAUCCCCAAACUAGAGUGUGAGUCAGCGGUGGUCGGCGUCAGGCUAGCCCGCACCGUAACCGAAUCGCUCUCAUUCACAGUAGACAAGCACUUCUAUCACACGGACUCCCGGGAUGUCAUCUGUUGGCUGAACUCCGAUCAUCGUCGGUACUCGUCUUUCAUAGCAUCCCGGAUAAGUGAAAUUCUGGAGUAUACCGAGGUUAACCAGUGGCGAUGGGUACCGACCAAACUGAAUGUCGCUGAUGACGCAACAAAAUGGGAAAAGCUUCCAGACAUGACAUCGAGUUCGCGAUGGUUCAACGGUCCGGAAUUCCUGUGGCUGCCGGAAGAAGCCUGGCCGCGCCAGCUGGAGAAAGGCUGCCAAACCGACGUCGAGCUCCGCCCAAGCCUGUUAGCACACUUUACGAAACCAGACUCUACAAUUGAGGUAUCCAGCUGGAAGCUGAUGCUUAAAGUUGCUGUGGUUGUCCAUCGUUUCCCACUCAACUGUAGGCGCAAGAAAGCUAAGCAGCCGGCCAUCUGUGGACCACCCACAUCGGAGGAACUCCUUGCAGCUGAGCGUUACGUGUUUCGCCAAGCUCAACGAGAGGUCUACGCAGAUGAUGUUGCCAUUCUUCUGAGACGUACGGAAGAAGCCAUAACUAACCUCUCUCCAACCAGUUCACUGUACAAGCUGUCACCGUGGUUGGACAAGCAUGGUUUGCUGCGAAUGCGAGGAAGAAUAAGCGCCUGCGCGCUAGUCACCGAAGACGCCAAGAACCCAAUCAUCCUUCCUCGUGACCACCACACUACGCAACUCGUAAUCGAACACUAUCACAACAAAUACCAUCACCAAAAUCACGAGACCGUCAUAAACGAGCUGCGACAAAGGUUCAGCAUCCCGCGGCUGCGCGUUGUUUAUGCUAACGUGCGUAAAAACUGUCAACGGUGCAAGAACGACCGCGCCACCCCAAGGCCACCCAUGAUGGCGGAUCUACCACCAGAGCGGCUUGAUGCACUAGCUCGACCGUUUACACACGUGGGCAUCGAUUAUUUCGGGCCAUUGGUGGUCUCCGUCGGCCGCCGCACGGAGAAGCGAUGGGGAAUGCUGAUCACCUGCUUGACCACUCGGGCUAUCCACAUCGAGGUGGUGCACAGUCUCAGCACCGAUUCGUGCAUCAUGGGCCUACGAAACUUCUCGGCACGUCGAGGAACUCCAAGAACGAUCUACAGUGACCGUGGGACCUGUUUCAUCGGAGCAAAACGGGAGAUACACGAAGCUACCGAGAACAUAAAACUAGAAGAUGUAAUGAAGGAAUUUGUUAGUGUGGAGACAACCUGGAAGUUCAACCCUCCUCUGUCACCACACAUGGGCGGUAGCUGGGAGAGGCUCAUCGGAAUUGUGAAGCGCAAUUUGAUGGCAAUCCGUCCCGUGAGAAACCCCAGCGACGAAGUACUGCGAAAUCUUCUUACUGAAAUCGAGCACACUGUCAACUCGCGGCCGCUGACACACGUUCCAGUAGACGACGAAUCCGCCCCUGCGCUUACUCCGAAUCACUUCCUGUUGGGUACAUCCGACGGUUCCAAGCCAACCUGCACACUCGAUGACGAUGGAAUGGUACUGCGACGGAGCUGGCGAACAUCUCAGGUGUUGGCCAACCGAUUCUGGAAACGGUGGCUUAACGAUUACUUGCCGGAAAUCACCCGCAGGACAAAAUGGUUCUGUAACUCCAAGCCGAUUGAAAUUGGUGACAUAGUCGUAAUCGUUGAUCCACUUCUACCCAGGAACUGCUGGCCUAAGGGAAAGAUCAUCGGAACCAGCAUAAGCAAGAAGGAUGGUCAGAUUAGGGCAGCCACGGUGCGAACGUCGACUGGUGUCUACGAACGUCCUGUUGCCAAGUUAGCAGUGCUGGAUGUUCGGCGCGAUUAUGUUUGAGCUGACUGGCGAGUCAGCUCACCUGGGGGGAGUGUUACCUGCGCCACUGCGCAGGGUGCGCACCUCAUCCACCAACCUCUUGGGAAUCAACACAGGCCAACUGACACGACGGCCCGCGGCUGUCAACAGCGUGAAGUAGCAAGUCACUACUUAGAUUCAGUUGCAAAGUGAGUUCGUACGCAGACAAUAGGUUGAGAAGUUUAAAGUGCCACAAAGGUACGAAGUUUAUAAUUAUUAGUUUGAAAUCUAUAGAGUAGUUGAAAUACCCGGCCGCGAUCAAUCCUCCACGUACGGUUCAUCACUCGUGUGAUUCUUAACCUCAAAAGGCAUCAGGCUAUCAGCUUAGUUCGCAUACUGACCGACAAACCGGCACUUGAGAGAGCAGAUCUGUUCACGUAAAGAGACUAAACGAUAUAAACUCUCCAGUGGAUAAAGACCAAUUGAUUACACAAUAUGAACAUCACGAGCAUUUGAUAAGAUCACCUCCACCUGCAUUUUGGCCACGUUCACCACAAAGCUUCGUGUUCAACAAUACCAGCCAACCACUUAUUUCUACAGAAAUACAUGGAUCAUAAACGUUCAGCAGGAUUUGAGUUUCUGAGUAAAUUUAUGUUAAAAUCGAUAUGGAGAAUUAGUGACAUCGAGUUUUUGUGAAGUAUUUGCAUUGAAGUUUGUUUAUAAUUAAUGAUAAAAUCACCGGCAAUAUAAUAAAAAUGCUUUAUUUUUUCCA